AUGGCUUCUGACAACCAUAGCUGGUCGAUAGUACUGUUUCUUGCUCUCCUUUUGUACUAUCACUCAAUCGUCGUCACUGCAGCUGAUCAAGCCUUGCUUGACAAAAUCUGCAAGCUGGCUCAGAGUUACGAUUUUUGCCUCUCAACACUGCGCAACGACCCACGUACUGCUCAAGCUGACCUUCGUGGCCUUUCCCUAAUCUCCAUUGCAAUAACCAUUGAUGAAGUACGAGAUGUUUCCGAUCGACUGCCUAACAUUCCUGUACCUAAUCAUCCCGUCGAUCAGCAACGGAAAAAAGCUUGUCAGACUGAUUAUAGUGACGCAUUAGCCAGUUUCCAGAAGGCUUACCAGACCUCAGCUAAAGGGGAUUACUGGGGUGUGAUCGACUUGGUGAGGGUUGGAGCAAACAAAGCUAUAGAUUGCGAAGACAUAUACAAGAGAGAUCCGAUAAGCGUGUCACCAGUCUCUACAGAUAACCACAAAGUGAUUCAGCUUGCAGAGAUCACUUUAAUUGUUAUUGAUUUUCUAACCAGACAUUAA